GUCAGACUUCAAACAUGGCUUCCAGAUUAGAAAUCAAUUUUAUCAGAUUAUUGUCUCGCUGUGAAUCUAUAGCGUCGGAGAAACGAGGAGAAACUGAAUGGAGAUUAGAAAAGUAUGUUGGUGCCCUGGAGGAGAUGUUGGUGGCUCUGAGGAAAAGCCAGAGCAAACCCACACCAGAAGUAUUGACUGAAUACACUAGAAAAGUAGAUUUUCUGAAAGGACUUCUAGAGGCAGAGAAACUGUCCUCACCAACAGAAAAAGCUUUAGCCAAUCAGUUCCUUGCCCCCGGGCGAACACCCACAAUAGCCAAUGAGAGGAUGGCUGCCACUAAAACUGUCCACAUGCAGACGAAGGCCCGGUGCACAGGAGAGAUGCGGGACGAGCUGCUCGGCACGGGGUUGUCUGGCAAAGGCACGUCGGAAUCAGAAUUGCGGAACAGAAGAGGUCUUCCCCUUGAUGAGCGUCAAUCCGCUGCAGAGCUGGAGGCCGUCCUGCAGCACCACCACAACCUGCAGGAGAAGCUUGCUGAGGACAUGCUCAACCUGGCCCGAAAUUUGAAGAACAACACCCUGGCAGCACAGAACAUCAUCAAACAGGACAACCAGACUCUGAGCCAGUCGAUGCGUCAGGCAGACCUGAACUUCGAGAAGCUGAAGACGGAGUCGGAGCGACUGGAGCAGCACACCAAGAAGUCCGUCAACUGGCUCCUGUGGCUGAUGCUCAUCCUGGUCUCCUUCACCUUUAUCAGCAUGAUCCUCUUCAUCAGAAUCUUCCCCAGACUCCGAUGAUGAGCGCCCACCAUCCUGAACUCUUAGUCCUCCAUCCUCCCGUGUUUACAGAGCAUCAGCUACAUGGGCCUCAUAGAUCUAUACAGCAUGUCUGUACGUGUGACACAGAUCAGUAGUGGUCAGGAGCAGAGCAACUCAGCUUGAUGGACCGAAACACUUGCACUUUUAAAAGCUGACCGUUUAAAAUGUGGUUUGAAGCAUCAGUAUUCCUUUUUUUAAACAGAACAGAACAUGGAAGGAGACAAAGAGCUUCUUGUCUUAAUGCCCAGACAGCAGGGACUGAGCCUUAAUUAUUUUAAUCCCUCAUCAGGUAGGCGAGUAGCCAUUCACUACAUGUGUGUGCUUAGUGUGACUGAAGUCAAAAUCAAAAUUUUUUUUUCUUAAGUUCAUGAACCGUCCGCCGUCUACUAUAUUCUAUAUCAACCACAGUUUCAACAAUAUAUUGAAUUAAUUGAACACUGGAUAUAAGAAUUCUGACUUGCUAUUAAUUGUGGAUCUGCUAAAACUUAAACCUUUAUUCUAAUUGCCCCCUUUUUAGCAUUUAUAAGCACUACAUACAUGUUUAUUAGAUGGUUUAUAACACACUAUAAUGACAUGAUUAAGUGUCUAUAACUGCUCCCAUGAAGACAUGCCUGCAUAUGAAUCUAGAAACUAGGGAAGGAACAUUUUGAUAUCAGAACGCUCUGGAUGCCAUUUGUAGUCCGAGAAGCUUUGACCGAUCACAACUGAGCAGCUGUUAGUUGUCUGCAGGUAAACAGUCCAUGUAGAGAGCAAAAGAGGCGGAACACAUACACCGAAAUGCAAUCUCAGAGCCUGUUGGCUAUCGUCUGAUGACAGUUUAGCUUUAUGUAUAUCAGCAUUCAUAUGCAGUUAUCUGUUUGUACAGAUGACCUCAGACGUUGUCUUUGCGUGUUUCUUAUCGGACUCCAAACGGUGGCAUCAGAGGAAGUCUGGGCCCGGAUAUCCAUUAUCCAUAAAUUAAGACUGUUUAUACACAAUCCUUAUAAUCCACUUAUGAUUGCCCACAGUUCAAAAAUACAUGAAUAAACACUUGAAUCUGUUUAUGACUACUUCAGAGUUUAUUAUUAUUUAUUGAAUGUUUAUAUAGGGCUCAUAAAUGCUAGCUAAAGGGGUUAAAGUGCGACCAAUUCUCUCACUAGAAUUAAACAUUAUUACAAAUUACAAACCAGAUUUCAAACAUCAGUGUUGGAGUUUUGUGAUUAUUCACUCUGCAGACGUGUCCAGCUUCAUGCAGUUAGAUGUGGGUUUUUUUCCCCUUAUAUUUACUCCUUAUAUGUCCAGUGUCCUCAGUUCUGUUUAUUGUUUAUGAGUCUGCAUGUUUUGGUGAAUGAUUCAGUGGAUGAUAUUUGUCAUGUUGGUGAUGAGGCUGCUGGUGAAGUAAGAGUUUGUUGUUUAAUGACUGUAACCCCACAGAAACAUUUGUAUCAUUUAAAGCAGCAGCUGUGUGUGUUUAGGAUCGCAAGCAAUUAAUUCCAAAAAGUAUGACGGAGAUAAAUCAAAACCAUCUCCCUUAAUUGUUUGUGUGUUGUGGGAGCUGUGUAUGACCUUUUCCUCAUUCACUAAAAUGCCCGACAGCGCCCUCUGUUGGUUUUAGAACGACGGCUGCAGUGACUUCACAUGGCCAGUGGGUGGCAGUCAUAUCCUUUGAAUAUGAACAUCCAAUGACCUCCAUGACCCCGAUGGCCUGAUCAAGCCGUGAAUCCCAAAUUAACCCCGCUACUCAUUUGGAAGUGAUCUGAGGAUUGAAGUAUGGCUAAAUAAAGGCA